AUGGGACCCAAGUUAGAUGAACUGAAGCCAGCAUUAGAGGUUUGUCAGUCUUGGAGUUUUGGAAAGCGUAAAUGGUUGGGGCUGUUACUUCUUCAAGCCAUGCGACUUUAUGCUUUGCAUCAUAAUUCUAGGAUACCAUUUGAAAGUGCAAAAAGAGUAUUCGACGAUGAAGCCAUGAUGUUGCAUCCAUGGGGUCGGACUGCAUAUGAAGUUCUUGUUGACCCCAUUAAAAUGUUGGAUCCACAAGGAGGGUCAUACACAAUAAGCGGCAUGAAGGACGUGUUAUUGGUUUGGGUGUAUGAAUAUGUCACUUGCUUUGGAGAGCAAUUUGGGAGAGUGGUGCGUGUGAGGAAAAUGAUUAUGAAGGACUCAGUUGAAGAGAUGUUUCCUAAAUGGCUGGGUGAAGAUGACGACCCACAACCAAUUAACUUGAUAACAUACAUACAUGGAGGUAGAUUUGUUAGAGGUUUUUGGGAAGUGCAGGAGAAGGAGAAGAAGAGAAAAAUGAAGGGUGGAGUUUCUGCCGUUGAAACACAUGCUAAAUCUGCUGCAACAUCUGCUAAAGCUGCUGCAACACCUGCUAAAGCUCCUGAGGCUAAAGUUGCUGCAACAGCUGAUAAAGAUGCUGCUCUUGAUUCAAUUAUUGUUUCUCCUGCUGAAGGUGCUAAGGAUGCUAAGGCUAGUAAGGAAGGAGGCCGCUUGGGCAAUCCAAAAUAG